AUGUCACAUUCUUCCCAAACCACUUUAUCUUUAUCGGCGCUACAAAACAUGUUUAAGAAAAAGAUUUCUAUCAAAAAGGAAGGCGAUGGAAAUGAAAUUCACAACUUUAAAUUCGUUCCUAGUGAUACUAAAAAGGACAUCCACGAAGUAAUUUCUAAAUGUUUCGAAAUGGAUUGUUAUUCGCUUCGUGAUUACGAAGGAAAUUUUAUUACCGGAAGUUAUGAAUCUUUGGAGAAAGAUAAAUCAUAUGAUAUAAUCGAUCGUAACGAAAGCAAAUUGAGAAGUUCUCAUACCUAUCACGAUGGGACUAACGAAAGUAUCAAUUCUAGUGGAAGCAAGAGCAAUGAAAUUGAACAUGUAAAUCAGCAAUUCAUUAGUCCUCUUUAUUCCCAUCCAUCACAGGAAAAAAAACGUAAAACCAAACGGUCUAAUGAACCAGCGGAUAAUAAUCCAGGUAAUCACCCAAAGGCAAGUUAUAAAAAAAAACCAAAGUCCACGCAACAACCUAGGGCUUGCUCAAGGUGUCGUCGUAUCAAAAAGCGUUGCGAUCGACAAAGACCUUGCGGGCUUUGUGUCAAAUCAAGCUUGGCAAACGCUUGUGACGUCACUAAAAUCGGCUACAAAGAACAAAACUGA